AUGCGCGAUCAUCCCAACACUUUAGGCCAUCUAGCGGCGCCACACAGUACCGCCGGCACAUGCACAGGCUCGUUGCGGUGGCCGCGUCCGGCUGUGGUGUUGCCGCCUGUGGCCGCUCUGUUCACAGGCCGCCCACCUCGCGGCCGAGACAGCAAUCGUCCUGUUUCGGGGGUCUUGUCAAGCUCGGAAAAGCAUACAAAUGUGGUUGAUGCGACGAGGCAUGACGCGAUAAGAGGACUUGUCCCAGCCCCUGGCACGGACAGGUGCCUCGCGUAA